AUGGCUUACCUCAAAAUUCCGGUAGCGAUGGAAGACAAGGUCAAUCAGAAAAUCCAGGAAAUGUUGGAAACUGACAUAAUUGAGCCAGUAACAGGACCAUCCGAUUGGAUCUCCCCAAUGGUUGUGGUUCCAAAGGGAACUAACGAUAUCCGCUUGUGUAUCAAUAUGCGAUACCCGAAUCAAGCCAUUCAACGGGAGCAUUAUCCACUGCCACUAAUUGACACGCUGCUUAACAAGCUGAAAGGAGCGACAGUGUUCUCUAUGAUCGACAUAACCUCUGCAUACUAUCACGUGGAGUUACAUCCAGCAUCGCGCGAGAUUACUACGUUCAUGACGAGUAAAGGUCUAAUGCGUUUUAAACGAUUAAUGUUUGGUAUAAACUGCGCGCCCGAGAUCUUUCAACGGAUAAUGUGUGAAAUGUUGGCUGGCACUGAAGGUGUCGUAGUUUAUAUUGAUGAUGUGGUUAUUUGGGGAUCCACAGUAGACGAGCAUGAUGAGCGACUACGAAUGGUCAUGGAUAUUCUUGAAGAGAAUCACGCGUUUCUGAAUAAAGAGAAGUGUUUGUUUCGAGUGAAAGAGCUUAAAAUACUAGGAUUCAAGGUUAGUGUCGAUGGAAUCAGCCCUACUGAUGAUAAAGUUUCGGCUAUCCAAAACUUCAGGAUGCCAGAAACGAAGGAGGAAGUACGAAGUUUUUUGGGCUUGAUCAAUUUUGUUGGACAGUUUAUACCGCAUUUGUCAUCGAGAACGGAGGCUCUCCGAACAUUCAUCAGAGGGGAAGUAGAAACAUUUGGCAAAGAACAACAGAAAGCUUUCGAUGAUCUUCGUAACGAAUUAUCCAGUGCCGUUCAUCGCUUAGGAUUCUUUGACCCGAAGGACCAGACAGAGCUUUACGUGGACGCAUCGGCGGUGAGCCUUGGGGCGGUUUUAGUCCAGAGGGAUAGUAUGAACAAGCCAAGGAUCAUCAGCUUCGCAUCAAAAGGCCUUACAAAGACAGAAAAAGUGUACCCACAAACCCAACGCGAAGCCUUAGCCGUCGUUUGGGCGGUUGAGAAAUUUUAUUCGUAUUUAUUCGGAAUACACUUCACGGUGCUAACUGACCAUAAGACACUCGAAUAUAUAUUUGGAGGAAAACACCAGGAAGGAAAACGUGCUUGCUCUCGUGCUGAGGCCUGGGCGUUGCGCCUACAGCCCUACGAUUUCAAGGUGGUGCAUGUUCCGGGAUCCCAUAAUAUCUCCGACAUUUUUUCGAGAUUGUGCCCGCAGUCAGAUGCUUCGGAGCAUUUCGUUUGUGGAAUAGGUGAAGGACCAUCGGCAAUAACAUUGGACGAAAUCCGGAAAGAAACGGAUCUUGAUGAUGCACUCAAGGAAGUAGUUAAGUCUAUUAAUACGCAGGUGUGGCCGUCAAGCUUGUUCGCCUAUCAAGCUUUCGCGAAGGAAUUGGGAGUAAUGGAUGGUGUUGUUGUGCGUAAUGAUCGCAUCAUUCUUCCUUCAAGAUUGCGACAAAGAGCAUUGGAUAUCGCGCAUCGAGGACACCCUGGAGUAGUUUCAAUGAAACGAAAUCUCAGAGAGAACUUGUGGUGGCCUCAGAUGGACCGUGAUGUUGAGCAUAAGGUGCAAGAGUGUGCUGGAUGUGCUUCAGUAGCUUUACAAGGUCCUCCAGAACCUAUGCAGCGCAAAGAAAUGCCAAAUCGGGCAUGGCAAGAUUUGGCUCUUGAUUUUUUUACAGCUAAAGAAUGUGCGACCUUCUUGGUAAUUGCUGACUACUAUAGCCGAUUUUUGUCCGUUACUGAAAUGAAAUCAUCAACUGCGAGUAAGACGAUAGAGGUUCUGGAGAGUUUGUUCAAGCAGCACACGUACCCGGAAACAAUUCGUUCUGAUAAUGGGCCCCCUUUUGCUAGUGAAGAGUUUGCGAACUACUGUGUUAACAAAAAUAUUCGACUAGUGCACAGUAUCCCAUAUUGGCCUCAAAUGAAUGGCCUGAUUGAACGACAGAAUCAGGGAAUCCUGCGAACUCUGAAAAUUGCUCGUACAAUGAAAGAAGAUUGGCGGAAGGCGGUUAAUGAAUAUGUGUAUUCGUACAACACUACACCGCACUCUGUCACUGGAAAGUCGCCAAUGGAGUUGCUUACAGGUCGGCCCGUAAAAGAUCUGCUGCCGUCACUACGUACCGAACCCUACUGGAAUCGCGAUGAAGAACAACGGGAUAAGGAUAUAAUAAGAAAAUUGCGAGGUAAACUAUAUGCGGAUAAACGUCGGCAUGCAAAGGUGUCAGAUAUAGCUGUUGGAGAUACCGUUAUGAUCAGGAAUUACGAGAUGGGGAAAUUGGAGCCAACCUUUCGACCGGAAAAGUAUUCAGUGAUUAAGAAAAGCGGAAGCGACGUAAUUGUACUGAGCGAAGAUGGCGUGCGGUACAGACGCCCUGUGUCUCACCUGAGAAAGUAUCCAACUACUGGUGAACAAGAUGAAUCCGAGGAUGAAUCUGAGCAGCAACCUCGUACAACGGAUCCUGUCGGGACACCAGCUACAGCGGACAAACCAAACGAUGUUAAACCCCCACCCACGAAAUAUCCAAAAAGAAUAACUAAGAUGCCAGCACGAUAUGAUGAUUAA